AUGGCACAUCUAGUCUCCGAGAAAGCCGAACCGAUGCAAGUUGAGGUCGCAUCGAAUAAUAGUGAGAAUCAGGUUGCGCAACAUGAUGGCGACUAUUCCGGAGCUGUUGCGAAGACCGAUGCUGUCGAGAUCGCACUCGUGCGAAAGCUCGAUCGGAGAGUGUUGCCCAUACUGUGGGCGAUGUACUUCCUAAACUACCUCGAUCGAAAUGCAAUUGCUCAAGCCAGACUGAACGAUCUGGAGGAUGAUCUGGGUCUGACCGGCAACCAAUUCAAUGUAGCAGUCUCUAUACUGUUUGUUGGCUAUCUGCUCAUGCAGGUACCAUCAAACAUGAUCAUGUCCAAAGCAAAAUUCAAGCCGAGCUAUUACAUGGCAAUCUGCAUGGCGGUGUGGGCUUGUGUGUCUGCUGCAACUGCUGCUGUGAACAACUAUGCAGGCCUCCUGGUGACGCGGUUCUUUUUGGGCGUGACGGAGGCGCCGUAUUAUCCGGGAGCCAUGUUUCUUCUGUCCCUGUUCUAUACCAGAAAAGAGAUCGCAACUCGUCUGUCCAUCUUGUACUCGGCCAAUAUCAUCGCAACGUCGAUGUCUGGACUUAUCGCUGCAGCAACUUUUUCCACUCUUGACAAUGUACAUGGGCUUUCAGGCUGGCGUUGGCUGUUUAUCAUCGAAGGUGCCGUUACUUUCGGUGUCGCUGGCAUCAGCAUGUUUCUGCUGCCUGAUCAUCCUCUGACCACCAAAUGGUUGACUCCAGAAGAGCGGGAGCUUGCUCAUGCAAGAAUCGCUAAGGACACCGUCGGUCGGGAACUGAGCAAGGGUGCUCGAGCUGGAUUUAUGCAAGCCAUUGCAGAUCCACGACUCUGGCUACUUACCUUCAUGCAGAAUUGCCAUCUAUCUGCCACAGGGUUCAACUCUUUCUUCCCAACAGUGGUCAGGACACUAGGCUUCUCACGCAACAUUACUUUAGUGCUGACCUGUCCACCAUAUCUCGUUUCUGCAGUUGCUUGUGUGGUGACAGGCCUCAGCUCGGGCAAGUACAACGAACGUACCUGGCAUAUCACAGUUGGUAUGGUUGUUGCUAUGGUCACUGCAACACUCGGGCAGACUGCUGAGAAGAAAGCUGCAGCCUUGUCCAUUGUCAACAUGUUCGGUAAUGCCUCCUUCAUCUAUACGCCAUACUUGUAUCCACAGUCCAACGGUCCAAGAUACCUCAUCGCUAUGUCAGCGAACACAGCUUUCUCCUUUGUCACCAUUGUAUGCGCUUGGAUCUUGAAGGUGUGGUUGAUGCGGACAAACGCCAAAAUCCGCAAGAGUGAUGCUACCAGCAAAGUGUUUUAUGCAUAUUGA